AUGAGGAUGGACCCCUUCCAUGGUUCGAACACACUUCCAGCCGGGCAUGGGGCGCUCAGGAUGACCACGAUCGACCCACCGACCCGGGCCGAGGAGAGCCACGCACCGGUCGGCCAACAGAUCAGCUUCCCGGUGCUCAGAUUCAGCUAUCCACUCAAGUUGAUCGUCAGUCGACCAUACCGUAAUGAUCUCCAUAAGCUUCAGGUCGGCCUUGUCUAUCUCUUGAAUUACGGCGGCGGCUUGCUCUCCGGCGACCAGCUGGCUCUCGAUAUCCAUCUGGACGACAAGUGCCAGCUUUUGUGUCUCAGUCAGGGCAGCACCAAAGUAUUCAAAGAGAAAGAUAGGUCGGCGAAUCGAUUCUCAUCGCCUGCAAACCGAGACUCGUUAUACCCUAGCUCCCAGACUACUACCAUCACGCCCACAGGGACGCCUGAUGUCUCUAGACAAAAUAUCACCGCCAAGAUAGGCUCGAAUGCGACCCUGCUCAUGUUGCCAUCCUACGUAACAUGCUUUCGAGAUUCCAGUUUUGUGCAAAAACAAAUAUACCAUCUCCAAGAUCACUCGAGCUCAUUGGUCUGUCUAGAUUGGUUUACCUCAGGCCGUUCGCUUUCGACGAGACUACCCGAAAAUCAAAACCACUCGAAUCAGAAUGAAUCAUGGACGUUUAAGAAGUUCCAAUCGUUUGUAGAAGUCUACAUCUCCUCAAACCGGAUUGUCAGAGAGAACCUGGUCCUCCUAAGAGAUCAACAUCAUCCAACCCAAGAUCAUUUCACCCUUUACGCAAAUCUGUAUCUGGUAUGCUCGAGUGAUAACUCAAAACUGAUCAAGACCUUGGAUCGGCUCAAGGAGCUUGAUCGGAACACCAACAAGACUCGCCGACAACAGCCACAGAGUUCUGCGAAGACGAAGGACGAACAGCAGAGCGACCAGUCACAACUCUUGUGGUGCUUGUCCGAACUUAUUCAUCAUCCUGACCCCGAAAUCACUCCGACCAUCCAUCCUCCUCCACCCGAUCUCCGUCCUUUACUUCCGAGACCCUCCGUCCGAACCGCUAUCAUCAGAAUCGGCUCGUAUUCCUCUAUCCUUGUCCGCGACUGGUUGGAAAAGAAUCUUGCGGAUCUGCAGGAACUCAUCGGACCUGAAUUCUACAGAAAUUGUUUCUAA